UGUCUUCUGUGUAUAUCUGAAAUUUUUCCUUUACAAAAUUUGUUUUUUAGUAGAUAUGUUAAGUUUGGACCAGUCACAAUAUUAAAUUGUUUUUGGUAGGUUGAGUGUAUCCAGAUGAGUUAGAUGUUAGGAGAACUGUUUACAUUUAAACAGUAAUUAUUUCCUGUUUCCCUUGCUUUCAAUUGCUCUAGAAUUGCUGGGGCCAACUGAGGGAUAAUAUUGACUGAUAAAAGGAAGGGGUUGACUGCAAAGAAAAAAUGCAGAAAUGGGUUUAUUUGUGGUUGAACAGUGAAGGUUUUGCAAAUGGCCCCACUUUUUAGGAGUAAUGUGUAUGGUGCCACAGAACACAAUAGAGGUAGAGUGCCCAGUAGGCGUGAACUUGUUCUCAGUAUGUAUAAUUUUGAUGCCAUGUUAUAAUCAGUGAAUGAAACGUAGUUGGUGUUACCACCUUGAAUUGCCAGCAGAAGAAGACAUGAUUGUUUGGGAAAUAUGCUUUGGCUGAUUUAUGCUGAUAAGUUUUAUUUUGACUUCAAGCCACUUUUCUGUGUUUAGAACAUCGGGUCAGAAGUUGAGAUUUCCACUAUCGAGAAACAGCGGAAAGAGCUGCAGCUGCUCAUUGGAGAAUUAAAAGAUCGGGACAAAGAGCUCAAUGAUAUGGUCGCAGUACAUCAGAGACAACUUCUUUCAUGGGAAGAGGAUCGGCAGAAAGUGUUGACUUUGGAAGAACGUUGCAGCAAACUAGAAGGUCAGGCACCUGCAAAUUAGACACCACACACUUGUAUCUGCCAGCACAUUAAAAGGGCUCGCGGGGAGGAUAGAAAAGGGACAUCUCAAAGCAGCCCCUGCUGUCCUGGAGUUUAGUGUAAUUGAAGAUUGGGGGGCUUCAGGAACACUCACAACGGAUCAGACAAACACAAUGUGCAUGAAAGUAGGGCACACAAAGUACUUAACUACAGAAAGAGUGCUGGGGAGAGUUCUAAUCACCAUGGGGUGUCAAAAGUAACCUGAAGGAAAUGAGUUUUGAGCCGAGAAUCUGAAUAAAGAUGCCACAGGGCUAGCCAUUUCUCUUGGACUUAACCCAGAGAUUUUAAACUUUUGGUGCUGAACCUGAUCUUAAGUGCCUAAAACAGUCAUCUUUUGGCAUUACAGCAGCCUCAAAAAUGGUUUGCAGAAAUUUCCUUUACCAUAUUUUAUCCAUCAUCUCUUUGGUGCUGCCCUAAAGUCUGAGUGUUCUGUUGACACUACACGAAUACUAGAAUGUACUAGAGGGGAAAAUACUAGGUCUGUUUAGUGGAAAGAUAACCAUAGAGCCCUCCUUUUUUACUUACAUUACACAAAGGCUUCUGUAAAUGUGACAGUCUCAAUAUAUGUCACUUUUCCAUUUCUUUGGUCACCAUCUGAUUUUACUCUGACCAUACCCACCCACGCGUAUAUAUACAUAAACGCAGUGUUUAAUUUGAUUGUAUGCUAGAUGGAUGAUAAUAUAUAAUUAACAUCUCUUUUAUAGACAUGGUAAAGAACAAAGAUAACAGAUUAUAUACAAGCAUACCUUGUUUUAUUGUGCUUUGCAGAUAAGACUUUUUAUAGAAAUUGAGGGUUUGUGGCAACCCUGCACGGAGCAAGUCGAUCAAUGCCAUUUUUCCAACAGCAUUUGCUCAUUUUGUGUCUCUGGGUCACAUUUUGGUAAUUCUCACAAUAUUUCUAGCUUUUCCAUUAUUACUGUAUUUGGUAUGGUGAUGUGUGAUCAGCAAUCUUUGAUGUUACUACUAUGACUCACUGAAGGCUCAGAUGAUGGUUAGCAUUUCCUAGCAAUCAAGUAUUCUCAAGUUAAGUCGUCUGGAACUGAACCACAGUAUCUCUGCAGUCUGCCUGCAUAGCCAUCGGAAUCUGGAUUUAAAAUGAGUGAACUACAUAAAAGAACUGAAAUAAUCAGGUCACUCACAAAGAAAGUAAAAACCCUUGAAUCUAACCAGAUUGAAUGUCAAACUGCUCUUCAAAAGACUCAGCUACAGCUUCAGGAAAUGGCUCAAAAGGCAACCCACUCUGCUCUCCUCUCUGAGGACCUUGAGACCAGAAAUGAAAAUCUCAGCAACACAUUAGUGGAACUUUCUGCUCAGGUGGGACAGUUACAAGCUCGGGAACAGGCUCUCACCACCAUGAUUAAGCUCAAGGACAAAGAUAUCAUUGAGGCAGUCAAUCACAUUGCUGACUGUUCGGGUAAAUUUAAAUUGUUGGAGCACGCUUUACGUGACGCUAAGAUGGUGGAGACUUGCAUUGUGAAAGAAAAGCAAGAUUACAAGCAGAAAUUGAAGGUACUUAAGGUUGAAGUCAAUAAACUGAAAGAGGAUCUAAAUGAAAAGACAACAGAAAAUAAUGAGCAACGAGAAGAGAUCAUUCGCCUCAAGCAAGAGAAGAGUUACCUGCAUGAUGAACUGGUUUUUACUGCAGAGAGAGAAAAAAGAAAGGAUGAGUUACUCGAUAUUGCAAAGUCAAAGCAAGAACGUACGAACGCAGAACUGCAUAAUAUGAGACAGAUUUACGUAAAACAACAGCGUGAUCUGCAGUUUCUUAAUUUCAAUGUGGAAAAUUCUCAGGAAUUGAUACAGAUAUAUGACUCAAAGAUGGAGGAAUCAAAGGCCCUGGAAUCCAGCAGAGACAUGUGUUUAUCAGACCUUGAAAAUAACCACCUAAAAGUCGAUUUUAAGAGGGAGAAAAAUCAGAAGUCACUGGUUAAGGACCAAAAACUUGAGACCACGUUGGUUCAGCAAAAUAGGUCAGACAAGAGCUCUUGUGAUGUGUGCAAAGAGAAGAAGCUACAGGUUAAUACUUCAUUUGGGGGAAAAAGUGUAAUUGCUAUCUCAUCUCUAUUUGCAAAAGACUUAGUGGAGAAACAAAAGUCUUGGUCUCUGGGAGAAAACAUGCAGACUGAACCCGAAAACAAAAGUACGUUUUGCAAGAUCCGUGCAAAAUCACCCAAGGGUGAUGGAAUUGGGGUUCAGAACAAAGAGAAAGAACCCUCGGAAACAUCGACAUCUGUGUCCGAUGAGAAGUGGCAGGACGUCGGUGUUUACCUGGGCCUGGCCAGCUGUCCUGGCUCGAAACCACCAGAAAAGCUGGAUGUUGAAUGUCCAGAUCACAUGGAAAGGUCUGGCGCCUCAUGUUGCCACAAAAAUGAAGCCUGUCGGGGCGAAAGUGACAUGUGGGAAUCCAAGUGCUGCCACCCGAGCAACUUCGUAAUUGAAGCCCCGGGCCACGUGUCCGACGUGGAGUGGAUGAGCAUCUUCAAGCCUCCUAAAGUGCAGAGGGUCGUCCGCCACAGAGCUGUGUGCACUUGUUCGGGCAGUGCCAGUGGGACCAGAUACAGCUCCUCGGCGAGUGAGCUCAUUGCCAUCCAGCAUUCCCGCUGCUUGGGUUCUUCAAAAUCUGCCGUAAGAGAGGACGAGAAGCUGAUGGAGACAGAGUCCUCUCCUGAAAAACAGAACUUGUCUAAGAGUUUGUUAGUCAACAAAGAUGCAGCGCUGCCCAGUGAAAAGGACGAUUUUUCUCCCACAAGUAAGCUGCAGCGUUUGCUGGCGGAAUCUCGUCAGAUGGUCACGGACCUGGAGCUGAGCACCCUGCUCCCCAUCAGCUCUGAGAACCUCAGCAGCGGUGCCAAAAAAAUCACCUUGGGAAGAAUUGACAUCUGUCAACAGAGUGUAUCUCCAAUUAAGUCUUCCUUCUUUUCUCUCAGCCAUGUUUUAUAGUUUUCAUGUUAGUAGUUCACCUUUUGUUAGAUUUAUUUAGAAUAUUUUGUUUAUUGGUGCCAUCAUAUGUGGUAUUUCAAAUUUUAUUCUCAGAUUGUUUGUUGAUGACAUAAAGAACUAUCAUUGCCUUCUAUAAACUGCCUCUGCCAAAUUCACCUGUUCUAGUAGAUUUUCUGUGGAUUCUCAGGACUUCUACAUAAUCAUGUCAUUUGUGAAUACAGAAUUUCCUUUUCCAGUCUUUACGCCUUAUUUCUUACUCUUAUUGCUCUGGUUAAGAUGUUCAGAUCAACGCUGAAUAGAAACGGUGAGACCAAACAUCCUUGCCUUGUUGCAUGAAAUACUGUCUGGUGGCAUUUCUUGCUUAGCUCUUCUUCACAUUGGUAUUUUGUUAGAUUCAGAGUUCCGCGGGGCAGUUUCCCUGAGACACAGAUGAUCUGAGCCUGGAACGUUAACCAUUCUAGAAUCAACAUGCUCAUUACCACGAGCCUCAACAGGUAGCUGCAAAGAUUACCGUAAAGAAGAAUGAGCUCCCAGAGUAGUGACUUUUAGAAGUAUUUGUACCGUAUGUGCCACGGAAGCUUUCCAAUUAGAAACCGUCAUGGACUUCACGGUAUUUUCUAGGAAGGUUUUGUUUUUUCUUGACAAACUCUUUGAAACAUUAAUGAAGUAAUUUAUUUACAUGGGGGCAGAACAUACUUUUAAGUAGUGGUAAGGCUGGGUUUUUUUAACAGCUUUAUUGAGGUAUACUGUACCUACCCUGAAGUUCUCCCAUAAAGGUGUACAAUUCGGUGGUUUUUGUAUAUUUCACAGUAGAGCAACCAUCCCUGUCCAAUUUUAGAACACUUUCAUCACUCCAAAAGAGCCUGCACACACUGGCAGUUACUCCCCCUCCCACCUCCCUGGCCUCGGCCACCACUCAACUGCUUUCUGUCUUGACUAAUUUGUUGCGCAGAGACUUUUCAUCAGAGUUAGUUGAACAGAAUUCAGGAGAUCCGUAAACUUUGACGGGGUUAAAAAUUACACCUAAGGUUGUUUUUAUUAACCUCUAAUUGACAUGUGGCACUUCCUUCAAUUAUGAAGAUAGGAAACAAGGCAUAGUAGUACAUACUGCCUGUGACCCUGUCAUCGGUGGAGCCCGAAGACAGCUCCCCAGCAUGUCACAGUGAUGGCGGGUGUCUUGAAAUAUCAUCUAUGCUGACACUCAGAAUGAGACUGUUAGACCCACUGCUAGGUCUUACUAUUUAAUGCACUAAUAAGAAUAUGUAUUAUUAUAUCACAAUCUUGUUCAGUUUUUUGACAACCACAGUUACAUCUGCUGUGAUGCAACACACAAGUUCCUAAAAAUCACCACACAAUGCAAAAGUGCACAAUAAAAACCACACCGUUUAUGGAGAAAAUGGAGUUAGGAGCAUAACACUCAAAAACUUUAUCAAUGGCACAUUUUUUUUUAAAAAAAGGACAGGGAUGUAAUUUAAAUGGCAGGAUAGUUUUAUACGUGUUAAGUAGUUAAGAAAUACAUAAAUCUUGCCCUGAAUGUGGCACUUCACCUUGAAAAAGACCUUAAGUUUGCAUGUAGAAUCGGAGGUCGGGGAGGCUGCAGCUCGUGAUGUGUCAGGAAGUGGCGGAGGAGGGCUACGGGGUGGGGCGUCGUAGCAGCAGGUGUGGAGGGACGUGGCUCCACACGCCAGGGAAGCUGGGGAGCCGGGGGAUGUUUGAGGGGCGGGGGUGUGGGUGUGUAUCCGGGGGUGUGUUCCUGCACAGCAAGGCCCAGUUCACCUAGUGUUUCUUGUGGACAAAAUCACUCGUGAACAAAUGCAAACUUCACAUUACACCCAAGUUACUCCCUAAUGCAUCAGGUGUGUGGGAAUGGACUCACGUUUUCAAAGCAAGCGUCAUAGCGGAACCGUGGCCACAGGGUGUCCUCUCAACCUGUCCGCAGGGCUUUGUGUUAAAUCGCUCUCUAAGAUGGAAGCAGUAGCUCCCUCACGCGUGUCCUCCGAGCACAGCUGCAUGUGUGUAAGUGUCUCCAUCAGCGUGAGUGUCGCAGUGCAGGAGGGCCGGUUCCAUCCGUGGCCUCUGCUCUCCCCCAGUGCCGCGAGGGGCCCCUCUCACUCCCUUCGGCCUCCUGGGUCCUAGCGUGUGCCCUGCCCGCUGCAGAGGAUGCUGGGUCGAUACCGUGAAAGGACCUGACGGGACAAGCUCAGGAAAAGGGCAGAACAGUGAACUCAAGGAUAGACUGGAAGAAUCCUCACGCUCUUUGAGGUUGGUGAAAACUUGGCUGAAGAGAAUUUUCGAGCUGGAAAGAUCCAGAAGAGAGAUCUGACCCCACUCAGACCUUCCGUCUUGCGGGUGAAAGUGACUGAAUCUCUUGCAAAACAUCCCACAGCUGGAGUCAGAUACCAUUCAGCUGGAGAAAAUAUUGUCUUCAGGUGCAGUGAAUUUUCCAGUGGAUUAUUAAUUGAUUCCAGAGGUGUGGGGGAAACAAUUUAAUGAACAGAAAUAUACGUGGCAACGCUGUAUAAACUCCUCCGCUCUGGGCCUUUGAACGGGGUAUAGCUGGUGACAGAAAAAGUAAACGGUUUUGUAAAAACUUCUCAGCUUUGGCAGUCAAGAAGCAGGGUGAGCUCUGAGCAGCCCGUGUGUCUGCUUCACCGGGGUUUUGGUAUCUGUUGCUAAAGACACAGGCCUUCAUUUGAAGCCUUCCUUUGAAACAGGCCCUCUCAUACGUUGCUGGGGGAGAGCAAAGUGAUUGAGUCCUUCUGGCAAGGAACCUGUCAGGUUUUGUAAAAGCUGCAGAAGACCUGGCCCGUGGACGGAGCAGCGUCGCUUUGGCGUCUCUUGUUCAGGCCCCUCUGCGCGUGUAUCACGUGAGGUGUGCAUGCCCGUUUUUCACGGCAUCGUUGCUUUAUAACAGCAAGAGUUAGGAAACGAUCCAGGCGUCCAGCGGGAAGGAACUGAGUGAAGAGCUCGUCCACAGAUGGAGUUACCGCGGACAGCACCGAGGAAGGCCCUGGAUGCCGGAGUGUUUCCAGGAUAUACUAUUAAGCGGAAAGAAGCGGACCCUGAGCGGUUCCUGUGGAACUCCACGUAUGGGAGGGGACUGAGAACAUAUGUAAUUUUUUCAAACCAUGCUCAUGUGUGAACUAUUUUUAAAAAUCCAAUAAUUUAAAAAUAGAGAAAAAAAUAAAACAGCACAGCCGGCCACACCCCCCGCCCCCCCCAGCAGGUUCCUGUGAUGUGGGACUGGGGCCCGCCGCAGCCAGACGCAGAAUUUGGAGUUCUGACUAGGACACGGGGCUGGACCUCGUGACUAAUUUGAGACCAUUGGGGUUCCUAUCCCGUUUUGUGGCAGGCUGAUCAGGCCUGUGAUCCCUUUUAGGAAAAUGCUUUUAAAUAAAUGAAGUAAAAUACAUCAGAUUGUAAAAUACGUAGGAGGGCUAUUCAAGUCGAGAGGAAGCAGCGUGGUGAAGAGCACAGACGUCUGGAAGCAUCGAGAAUCACCCCACGGGGCUGCGCGGAGGCCCCACGGGGAGGAGGGGGAGGCUGAGAAGGGGGCGUCCCCUCCAGCCCAUGGCCAUCUCCUGAGACUUCUGGUGCCCCUGCAGGUGUCAUCCUCCUCUUACUUCUUCUUUUUUAAUAUCUCCCCCAAAACCUAACAAGGCUAAGCCUUCUGUCACACUCCGCACUCCGAUGAAUUCCAGUGGCACUUAGAGUUGUUGGUUCUUCUUGACGAUCAUUGUCUUCGUUAAGGGCUCACCGCACAGUCUACACGAGGCUGACAAAGAGCCAGUGACACCCGGGCGUUAGCCGACUGCCAGUUUAGCCGCAACACACACGGUAAAGCAAGCAGCAUUCCAGCUGCGGGACUGGAGCCGGAGGGGCCCCUCACAUGAACAGGAAGUCAGUACCUCUUUGUUGGGUGUGUGGAUGGUGGUUGCAUGAAGUUACUUCAUUGUGUUUAAGCAAUUCCCCAAGGUCUUGUACAGGCAUUUCCACUCUAUUUAUGAAUUUCUUCUUUGGCAUUUUCUAGUUGUUCUAUUAUAGGUACUAAUUUGGGAGUUGU